UUAGUAUUAUUGUCACCGUGCCCGUACAGGGCUGCGGGGCUUCUCGUGUCCGUCUCACCGCAGAGAUGCCGCGCUCCUUCUUGGUGAAGAGUAAGAAGGCGCACAGUUACCACCAACCCAGAACUUUUGAGGAUGACUACAGCAGGCUGGACACUAUCCUCGCGCAAAUAUGUUCAGACGCCGAUAAGCUCCCGGAGGAGGACGCGGACCCCUCGGUGGACAGGUACGACCUCUCCCCGGACUCCCACCUGGGCGACAUCACGGACUCCCCCUCCAAGUCUCCUCUGCGCUGCGGUGACAGCGCGUGCGCCCGCUCCCCGGAAUAUGAGGACUUCUGGAGGCCUCCGUCCCCCUCUGCGUCCCCAGUUGACUCUGAGAAGUCGCUCUCCCCUCUGGUGGAGGAGACCCAGCCCUUCACGGUCACGUUUCGGCCCUACGCGUGGAGCAGCUACCCGGAGCCCCGCGUGCGGCCGCUGGCCGAGCCGCAGCAGGGCCUCCUGCACCACCACCACCACCAUCACCACCACCACCACCCUCCCGGGGUGGAGGCGGACAACGAGGGGCCCGGCAGCCAUGGCCUUCUAGGGGACCGGCGGGCGCACCCGGCCCUGUACGCGGAGCGCGCCCUAGUGGUGGAGGAGUCUUACGGGGACUACCGACGGCACGCCGCGGCCGCCGCCGCAGCCGCUGCCGCCCUCCUCUUUCCAGAGGCCGGGCUGCACGCGAAGAGCCAGGAGGCCAAGGCGCCGGCGGACCUGCUGUGCUCCAGCCUCAUCCUCAACGGCGCCUACAAGUGCGUGAAGUGCAGCAAGGUGUUUUCUACUCCACAUGGCUUGGAGGUGCACGUCCGCAGAUCGCACAGCGGCACCAGGCCGUUUGCCUGCGAAAUCUGCGGGAAAACCUUCGGGCACGCGGUGAGCCUGGAGCAGCACAAAGCCGUGCACUCUCAGGAAAGAAGCUUCGACUGCAAGAUAUGCGGCAAAAGUUUCAAGCGCUCCUCCACGCUGUCCACUCACCUGCUCAUCCACUCCGACACGAGGCCCUACCCGUGCCAGUACUGCGGGAAGAGGUUUCACCAGAAGUCCGACAUGAAGAAACACACCUUCAUCCACACAGGUGAAAAACCGCACAAGUGCCAGGUGUGCGGCAAAGCGUUCAGUCAGAGCUCCAACCUCAUCACGCACAGCAGGAAACACACCGGAUACAAACCGUUUGGCUGCGACCUCUGUGGCAAGGGCUUCCAGAGGAAGGUGGACCUGCGGCGCCACAAGGAGACGCAGCACGGCCUGAAAUAAGAGGAGAGUCGCGCUUAUCCUGACUUCACAGUGCGCUUUCAGUCUGGAGGAAAAACACAGACAAGGACUUCCAGAGUUUUUCCUCUCCGGUCCGAGGAAGAUCCCGCAGAAAUCCUCAACGAGAUCAGAUAUUCGACAGAAACUCUUUCACUAACGGCGCGAAGCCGCGGGAAACCAGAGAUAAGCUGAACUCUCCGAGUAAACCUUUAUGUAUAUUUACUGCGAAAUAAAUACGUUUAUUGUGAGAGUUUGAGAAGCCUGUCAGUCACCCACAGCAGAGGCGGCUAGAGACAGAUGGAAAUCUGCGCUUCUCCAAUAGAGCGGAGGGAUUUUGUUUGCACAUGCUGGCAAAACAGCGUCUCUAAAACCAGCAGCGUGGGUCAGAACUGCCUCCAAGGAGCUGGAUAGCCUCG